CAUGCGCAGCAGGCCUCCCAGCUGGAACAGCGCACAAGAUGGCGGCGGUGGCGGCGGCGCGGGGGAUGAUGAACGGCGCCGGGCUCGGCGGGGCGAGAGAGCAGGCGGCGGCCUUGACGAGGGACUUCCUGUCCCAGCCGCGCCUCACUUAUAAAACUGUGUCUGGUGUGAAUGGCCCCCUGGUUAUCUUGGAUCAAGUGAAGUUUCCUAGGUAUGCAGAGAUUGUCCACUUGACUCUUCCUGAUGGCACCAGAAGAAGUGGGCAGGUUCUGGAAGUCAGUGGCUCCAAAGCUGUGGUUCAGGUAUUUGAGGGCACUUCAGGUAUUGAUGCUAAGAAAACAUCCUGUGAGUUUACUGGGGAUAUUCUUAGAACCCCUGUCUCUGAAGAUAUGCUUGGCAGAGUAUUUAAUGGAUCAGGAAAACCUAUAGACAGAGGCCCCACUGUUUUGGCUGAAGACUUCCUGGACAUAAUGGGUCAGCCAAUCAAUCCCCAGUGUCGAAUCUAUCCAGAAGAAAUGAUUCAGACUGGCAUUUCUGCAAUAGAUGGAAUGAACAGCAUUGCCAGGGGGCAGAAAAUCCCCAUCUUCUCUGCUGCUGGCUUGCCCCACAAUGAGAUUGCAGCUCAGAUCUGUCGCCAAGCUGGCUUGGUGAAGAAAUCCAAAGAUGUGAUGGAUUACAGUGAAGAAAACUUUGCCAUUGUGUUUGCUGCUAUGGGUGUGAACAUGGAAACUGCUCGGUUCUUCAAAUCAGACUUUGAGGAAAAUGGCUCCAUGGACAACGUGUGUCUGUUCUUGAAUUUGGCCAAUGACCCAACCAUUGAACGCAUUAUCACACCUCGUCUAGCUCUAACAACAGCAGAGUUCUUGGCAUAUCAGUGUGAGAAGCAUGUGCUGGUCAUUCUGACAGAUAUGAGCUCCUAUGCUGAAGCUCUGCGAGAGGUUUCAGCAGCUAGAGAGGAGGUACCUGGCCGUCGUGGCUUCCCAGGUUACAUGUACACUGACUUGGCUACUAUAUAUGAGCGUGCUGGGCGUGUGGAAGGCAGAAAUGGCUCAAUUACUCAGAUUCCCAUUCUUACCAUGCCUAAUGAUGAUAUUACUCAUCCUAUCCCUGACUUGACUGGAUACAUCACUGAGGGACAAAUCUAUGUGGAUAGACAGCUGCACAACAGACAGAUUUACCCACCUAUUAAUGUACUGCCCUCCUUGUCUCGACUGAUGAAGUCAGCUAUUGGAGAGGGCAUGACCAGGAAGGAUCACGCAGACGUAUCCAACCAACUGUAUGCCUGCUAUGCUAUUGGGAAGGACGUGCAGGCUAUGAAGGCUGUAGUUGGUGAGGAAGCUCUUACCUCAGAUGAUCUUCUUUAUCUGGAGUUUCUGCAGAAGUUUGAGAAGAACUUCAUUGCUCAGGGUCCUUAUGAAAAUCGUACUGUUUACGAGACCUUGGACAUUGGAUGGCAGCUUUUGCGAAUCUUCCCCAAGGAGAUGUUGAAGAGAAUUCCCCAGACAACACUGGCUGAAUUCUACCCUCGAGAUUCGACUGCAAAACACUAGCCAGAACUUCAUCUCCAACUCCUUGCUCUGUGAAAUGCUGUUUGUUUUCCUUUUUUUCAUGUGUUGAUGUUUACUUGUCGCCCUUAUAAUUAAAACCAAGAAUAGGUGACAUUUGUGCCAGUGUUCCAAUGUACACUGAUACCAGUUAAAAAUAUCCCUUCUUCCAAAGCCUGGAUCUUCAGGAAGACCUUUAGGCCAGCUCUUAUGUAUGUGCAAUAGCUAUUGUUAAGCUUUUCUUUCUUUUCUUUUUUUGAACUGGACCUUCUGUAGACAUUUCAGAUGAAUGUCUGAGGAUUACCAGAAACUGCAAAUCUUUAAUUUCAAACCAGGAGCACGUGGCUUAGAAAACAUGAAAGAGUAAAUGUGACUUAAUGUCCAAAGCAUCUGCUCAGUUUGAUCACGUGCAGUUGCCUUGCUGCUGGUAGAACAGAUGGCUCUCUGCUGUCCUGCUGCUUUGCCUGAAGACCAGGCUAACAUGUGGAAAAUGUGGUACAGAAUGGCAUAUCUUUGGAAAAUGCAAGUCACUGAUUUAACUGUGGUUUAAAAUUCUUAAAGGGAUGCAUGAAGUAAAGACACUAGUGAGCACGCUAAGUGCUUUUCUGCUAGCAAGGGCUCAUUGCAGAGGUCACAGGCCAGUGGGUCUCUACCUGAAGGCAGCAUGUUAUGGCUGAAUUAAAGGUUCCAAAUUGUAGUUUGCAAAGAAAGAUUCCUACUUCAACUUUUCUUUUUCAUUCUGGCAAUGCCAGAAAAGUGUGACAGCAGCUAAAGCGUUCGGAGAUCUGUAGUGUCCCAAUGGUUAAGACUGGGUAAUUCAAGGCUCCAUGCUGCUUCUGAAGGGGAUUAUAUGAGAUGUUAAAAAAACAAAAACAAACAAACAAAAAACCCCUCUUUAUGGGAGACACAAUUGUACUGGUGGGAGGUCAGCUUUUAAAAUGCAUUGGACUGAACAAUGCAACAGCAGAAAGCAAGCUAAUGUAUGAAUGGAUAUUGAAUUCUGCUACAAAGCUUGCUGUAGGUGGCGCUGGGUCCUGAGUCGUGUUCGGAGCUGUUGUGGUUUGCACUCCAGGCACAGAUUUGGCUAGCCAGGAGAGCUCAGCAUUCCCAAACACUGCGAACUUGGCUAGUCUCUUCAGUGUUAUUUCUUACUUUAAAUUAGUUCAGACGAGGCUCAGAGCCCAGUGCUGGCAGGCUUGCUGGCUUUUUUUUUUUUUUUCUUCCAGGCUUAAUGUAAACUUAUCUCUGGUCUAGCUCACCAAAGCAUGUUGCACCUCUCUGAACGCCUUCAGUGCUUGUCUAGGAAGGUGCUAACGUGACUCGAAUGAUAGCGUGCUAAUUCCAGCUUUCCCUGAUGUUUUCUGUGUGCAGUUCUAUGGUUUGUUCAGUGUUCUCUGUAACUUGGACACAAUAGUAACUUUAUUCCAGUGCAUUCCACUCUAAAGCUGUGUCAAGUCUAUUUUUUUCUUGAGGAAGGGAUGGGAGGUUGCAAGUGUUGGCAUGAGAAUACUUUAAUGUAGAGAAUAUCUAAAUAAAUUAAAUGUGGAAGGUGUUGAACAAAA